AUCAGAGUUGAAGUACUCAGCAAAGUAUGAAUCAUCCCCACAUCAGUCCAAAAUUCAUUCAAUUGCUUACGUUUUCUGCUUUUCUCGCCCUCCUCCCAUGGGAUCUGGCCUAUGCCGACCCUCCUUAUAGCUUUUGUCCUAACACAAGUAACUAUACUGAUGGUGAUCAAUUUCAAAAGAAUCUAAACGAUGUCCUCCAUUUUCUAACCUCAAAUGCUUCUGCUUCCAAAUUCUACGAUUCCUCUACAGGAAAUGGCACAGAUCAUGUUUAUGGUGCCCACAUGUGCCUCAAUUAUAUCACAAAUGAAACCUGCCGGGACUGCAUAGCAACCGCUGCACAAGACAUUUUGCAAGUUUGCCCAAACACAAGGGAAGCAGUUGUAUGGGAGGAGGUAUGCCAGCUGCGCUAUUCCAACCAAAAUUUCUUUGGCCAAGUGAAUGUUACAGGAAACAUUGGCUUAGAUAACCAGCAGAAUAUUUCCCAACCAGAACAGUUCAAAUCUGUUGUUAAGGAGACUUUGAAUAACCUUACGACGGAGGCAUCAGCUUUCAAUCUUUCAGCAAAAUUAAUGUAUGCUACCGGAGAGGCAGCCUUUGAGGAUAAAACAAUAUAUGCUCUCGUGCAGUGCACAAGAGACUUGUCCGGUGAUGGCUGUAAUUCAUGCCUUCAGACGGCCAUAACUGAUGUAUUAAAUUGCUGCUAUUUCUCUAUUGGAGCAAGACUUCUUAGUCGUAGUUGCUACUUGAGGUACGAGUUAUACAGCUUUUAUGGGGACGCAUCUAAAUCUCCAAGUUCAACUAAUGAUCAAGGGGCAAGCGGUGGAAAGAAAAUGAGGACCAUCAUUACCCUCAUGGUUGUAUCAGCCUGCUUUGCGCUAGUGCUUUUUGCUUCCUUCAUUUAUUGCCUUGUGAAGAAAAAGGCUAUAAAACGGGUGAGAGAAGGUAUCAGUCGACAAGCAAAUACUAGAAGCGAUGCAGGUUUUCCACGUAUUGAUUUGGCAUCAAUACAAGCAGCUACUGACAACUUCUCUGAUUCAAAUAAGCUUGGUGAAGGUGGUUUUGGUCCUGUUUACAAGGGUAUCCUAAGUGAUGGAAAGGAAGUAGCGGUAAAGAGGCUCUCCUGCUGUUCCGAGCAGGGUUCAGAGGAAUUCACAAAUGAGGUUCUACUAAUAAUGAGGCUUCAACACAAAAACCUCGUCAAGCUUCUUGGUUUCUGCAUAGACGGAGAGGAAAAGCUGCUUGUUUAUGAAUUCAUGCCCAACAGAAGCCUAGAUGUCUUUCUCUUUGAUCGAAGUAGACGCGCACAAAUGGAUUGGAAUAAACGAGUUAAUAUAAUAGGUGGAAUUGCAAGAGGAGUUCUUUAUCUUCACGAGGAUUCUCGACUUAGAAUCAUUCAUAGGGACCUAAAAGCCAGCAAUGUGUUAUUGGACUACGACUUGAACCCCAAAAUCGCAGACUUUGGAAUGGCAAGAAUCUUUGCGGGGACCGAAGGUGAAGCUAAUACCGCCAAAAUUGCAGGGACUUUUGGGUACAUGGCUCCAGAAUAUGCUAUGCAAGGAACGUAUUCUAUUAAGUCUGAUGUGUUUAGCUUUGGAGUGCUCUUGAUUGAGAUUAUAACUGGGCGAAGAAAUGUUGGCUUCCAUAGAACAAAACGUGCUCCUAGUCUCGUUGCAUUUGCAUGGACACUAUGGAAUGAAGGAAAUCAUGUUUUGGAGUUGAUGGAUCCUAUGUUGAAGGAGGAGUCGUGCAGCCCGGACGAAUUUCUAAGAUACUUGCAUAUUGGCUUAUUGUGUGUUCAAGAAGAUGCAAAUGAAAGGCCAACAAUGUCAUCAGUCGUUGUAAUGUUGAAAAGUGACAGUACUACAACGUCUCUUUGCCAACCUCAACAACCUGCCUUUUCUGUGGGCAGAUUCACUGAUCACUAUGAAACGAGUAGUCCAGGCUUUCUCUCCGUCAAUGACUUGUCGAUUUCCAAUGUUGGGCCACGGUGAUCGAUGAAGCGCUACAAAUGGAUUUAAACUUCAUUAAUGCCUUGUCUUGUGGAUGUGUAGUGCACAAUAAUAAUAAUAAAAAAAACACUUAAAAUGUAUAAUAUUAUUUAAUAUUUAUAUAGAUAGGGAUCAAUAGUAAUGCUUCUUGUAAUUGACUCUUCAAUGUAAAUGUGGCAGAUGUUACAUUUGCCAAGCCAUGUCCUAUUCUUAAAAACUUAUGAUUUUAUAUUCACCUCGAGUUGCGUAAUAAGAUUCUCUAAAUAUCCAAUUUUGAC